AGCUCACCUUCAACGAUGUCUCGAUGUUGGAUCAUCUUGCUGUGGACAACUUGUGCAACGGCCCUGAACCUGAACCUCACCACCGUCUACGAAUGGAAUUCGACCAGCUUCGACUGGCCCUCCGAGAGAGACAAGGAAUUCGCCCCGCCUGAACAAGGGAUCAGGUACGAUCCUCGUUUCAUGGCCGUCUUCGGCUCCAGAGGCUGUUCCUCAGCCUGUUACCUUCCAGUCUGGUCUGGCUGCCAAUCAACUCGACAUCGACGUCUCCGAAAUUCAAUCCCAUGCCGUCCUGGGAAAUGCAGGUUUCAGGCGACUGCGAGGCCAUGCAAGCAGUUCGUGGUCUGCAAGUGGACACCGUUGGACGCCUGUGGGUGCUGGACGACGGAAGGACUUCGACGGAGUGUCCACCGAAGCUGUGGAUUUUCGAUCUGAACAAAAACGACUCCGUAGUACUCGUGUACGCGUUCCCCCGUGACUUUUAUUACUAUAAGAGUGAACGUGGUAAGCUACACGACCUGGUGCUGGAUCGGACAAAAACUGACUGGCUCGCCUACAUCGCAAGUCCUAACGCCCGAAACCUCGUCGUCUUCAGUUUCAAAAGAAACGCAUCUUGGGUAGUCAAGUCCAGUGUUGUUUUUUGGAGACAAAUUUCUGGCGUCGCCAUUUCUCCAGGAACCAGGGCAAGACUUUACUUCUUCCAGUUUAAUUCCAAGGAGCUCUUCUCCGUUUCUGUACGUGAUCUCAGAGCUCGGAAGGAAGAUCCGGCCGUCAGGUUGGAAUUCUCGGGAACUUCUAUCAGUAGGAUGGUUAUGGACGCCGAAGGAGUGCUGUACUUCGACCUUGGAGUCAGGAAAUCGCUUUUUAAAUGGAAUACGAGCAGCCCCUUUAAAGAGGAAAGACUCCUGAAGGAUGUGUUGCUGGUUCGAGACAUACCGUUCACUUUCACCUUGGACGAGCAGGGAAAUUUCUGGAUUACGAAGCAGUACGAAAAUAAGAAGCCACGGUACAAACUGCUGAAGGCUGAUGUCGGAGCAAAAUCUUAUUUGUACGACGCCAUAACAGAUUGUAGUUCCAGCAACGAAACCUGCGAUUCCUCAGAAAUGGAAAAGGACGAUUCUCCAACCUUCAGCUGGAACUUUGAAAUUUCCCCCGAAGGAAAGACGAUUUUUAUUAUCUUAUUGAUAUGUUUAAACGUCGCCAUCGCUGUUUCACUUGGAACUGUUAUUUACUGUUUGCUGCAGAAGUUAAAAAAAUUGCAAGACUCAUUCAAAGAGGCCAUGGCCAGACCCAAGGAAUUCAAGGGUCUGCUAGCUGUGAACUCAACUUGA